UCAUUUGUCCGUGACAUGUCAGCUUUUAAGCGGGUAUCAAAAAGUGAAGAUAAUAUUGGGUCAUUUACAUCGUAAUGCAAUGCGUAGUACCUUCGCCAAAAUUUACAUGUUAUUUGGAAUUCGGUUACAUUCAUCGUGUUCGUGCUAAAAUGCAUUCAACUCGUCAACUUUUCCUAAGUUAUUUGCUGUUGAAUUUUAUAGAUUUCUUUUACCAUCGAGUGGAUUUUGUUUCAGCUGGAGACGAAUUUGGUGUUGGUGUGUCGACGUCUCUUGAUGCUAUAGAACCUGUCGAGAAUUCAGCUAGCUCAAAACUUUCAGUAGUUUCGGGUGUUUCAAAUUCUAUAAUCGAAACGGUGAAAAAUGCUAUCACAGCUAGUUGUAAAUACAGCAAAUCACCCAAACCGUUGACUUUUUAUACCGCAUUAGACGAAGUAUGUCUAUUGAAUCGAACGAAAAAAUCCUUUGAAGUGACCAUACUUAAUCCUGUAACUGUUGCAACUAUGACAGGAGGUAGUUUAGGACACGAUAUUUACGAAUUCAACAACUACCAAUUUUAUUGGCAUAAUGCGCCUUGUAAUGCGACUCAUCAUUUGGAGGCGCGAGUUUAUUAUCGUAAUUUAAAAUACGAUUCGUUUGAUGUAGCUUUGGAUUAUCCGGAUGGAGUAGUUGUCGUUAAUUUCCCCAUCGCUACCAAUAGUGAUUUCCCCAACUCGAAAUUCGACCACUUCUCUAACGUAUUACAAGAGAAAUUGAAAGGACCAGGAUGCCAUGCCAAAAUUAAAAGCUCGUUCACGUACACGUGGUUUGUGAGUUUCCCACACGGGAGUGUUUAUCAUACCUAUCGAGCGAAAUACACCGAUACUGAAACUGGGAAAAUUGCCACUGUCAAGGUUAUGGAUUUACCUAUGGAUCCGCGUGUGAAUUAUAUUUCGUGGGAGCAGUUCCAAAGUACUUUUGGAAGCAUGACCGAUCUUCUGGAGCAUGUAAACAAUCUGAAACCUGAAAAAGGUGAUAAUCCGCCAGAGAGGAGUCAAGGAAUUCACGUUAUGUAUUUGCACGCAUGAGCUUAAUUACUCGUUCGAGAUCUAUGCCUUCUAUUUUUUAGGAUAUGUAAUUUGAUAUUUUUAAUUGGAGGAUUUUUUUCUUAUAUGUAACCUAAGGUAUGUAUAUAGAUGUCCAAAUUUGGAUUAAAAUUUCUUUAUUGCAAUA